GCCCCGUCAGCACGCGCAGCUAGGCGCCAUCAUCAUGCCAUGGCAGCGUUGAAGGGAGGAGAGGAAAUCGCAACUUCAAUGGCUCAAUUGCCUCAGGGCGCGAGAACGCUUAUACUUUUAAGGUGGUGUAGCAGCAAGGGCAGAGUCUGGGAGGCCACAAGUCGUUGGAGCUGACGGAGCCUGGCUUUCUGAGAAGGAGGCCGCCAUGCAGGUGGCGACAUGGGCCAAUCGAGCAGUGGGAGCGGCGAGGCUGUGCCGGGUUAUAGCCUCGGCACAGACGACGGGCAACGGUUUGCAGAGGGUGGAUGUGGGGUCCUUUGCUGAGAUUCCUAGGUCUGAGGAGAUGCAUACUGCAGGGCUGGAAGAUGGGUGCAGCACGUCGGGCAGGUUGCCUAAGUCAGCCUCGACCCAUGUGCAGUACCCUGCGGUUCCCAGCCUGGCAACCAUGUGUGCAGCAAGCCAGCAGAGAGGCUUCAGCUCGCAUGCACAGUAUGCUGAGAUUCCACCAGAAUAUGAAAUCAGACCUGGCCCUAUUGCUGCCUACCAGAAGCUGGUGGAAGGAGGGGUGAUGAAUGAAGACGAUCAUCAGGAGGCUGCUCUCGUCCUCCUUCAGAAUCUGUAUGAGGAGCUUGUUGACAUGGUAGAUCAGCGGCCGGAGGGCAGGAACUAUGGAAGCGACAGUCGGGAUAACUGGUGGUCUCGCUUGGUUGGCCUAUCGCACCGGUCGGGCGCAGUCCCAAUGCGAGGCCUAUAUUUGUAUGGUGGUGUUGGAACAGGGAAGACUAUGCUGAUGGACAUGUUUUACAAAGAACUGCCAGAAAGCAUUGCGAAGACAAGAAUACACUUUCACGAUUUUAUGCUGGAUGUACAUGGGAGGUUGCAGAAGCUUCGGUCGCUGCCAGACCCGCUCGAGGCGGUUGCCACGCAAGUCACUGCAGACAUUAAGCUCCUGUGUUUGGACGAGUUUAUGGUGACGGAUGUUGCCGACGCUAUGAUACUCAACCGGCUCUUCCAGCACCUCUUCUCGAAAGGCCUGGUUCUCGUAUCGACGUCGAACCGUGCGCCUGACCGGCUGUACGAAGGAGGGCUGCAGCGGCAGCUCUUCCUUCCCUUCAUCGAAACCCUCAAGCAGCGGUGCGUUGUCCACGAGAUCGGGUCCACUACGGACUACCGGAGACUAACUGAGGCCCAAUUAGGCCUCUUCUUCUACGGCCAAGGCGCCUCGGAGAUGCUGGAGGCCAAGUUCAACCUGAUCACCGAAAAUGCGCGGUUGCAACCGGCCACCGUGGAAGUGGCAAUGGGCCGGCGGAUCGAGGCGACCAAGGCAGCGGGCGCGCGCGCUUUCUUUGAGUUCACAGAGUUGUGCGAUAUGCCGCUUGGAGCCGCCGACUACAUCGCUCUCUGCAAUUACUUCCACACGCUCGCCAUCGACGACGUGCCUGUUUUUGGAGCCAGCAACCGCAGCGCCGCCUACCGCUUCGCCACGCUAGUCGACGUAAUGUACGAGCACAAGACCCGGCUGCUCUGCUCGGCGGAGGCCACCCCGGUCGAGCUGUUUGACCGGGUGGUCACAUACGCCGACCGACCACAGCAGAGAAGCUCGCGCACCUGGGACAACGAGAGGGCGGACGUGCUCGUGGACAAUGAGCUAGGGUUUGCCAAGGACCGGAUAAUUAGCAGGCUGACAGAGAUGCAAAGUUUGGACUACCUAGAGGACUGGUCCCAACGCCAUUUCCACACCGACCAUCACGAGGACGCCGAGGAAAAUAGAGCCGCGCAAGGGUAAACACGAUCUGUAACGGGACUAAUCUUGUGUUUGAAUCAGUUGGCUGCUGCGGCUCAGCAUGAAGACCAAUCUGAUGAGUGUGCUCCAAACAUUGUUAAUCUGUAGGAGACAUAUGCGACAUGAGGUAUGAGUUUGUGUUUUUGGUAAUGAGGCCAAUACAGUAGCUUGAUUGGAGGAAGCAGCCCGCAAGUCUUUGCGCUGCGAGCUGGGUAACACCCGAAUUUAUCUGUUAAGAUGAGCUUUUGCCUACUAAAUCUAAAUUUGCGGGUUCUCGAUAUAAAUUGCAUUUUCGAUGCAAAGCAUGAAAG